AUGAGUUCGGAAGUAAAAGUUUCAGCAGCUCGGAAGUUGUUUCGUUGUCAAAGAGUAGAGGUGGCUUACAUUCAAGAAACUGAGAAGGAAAUGUUUUCGGAAGAUGAUGUUAGAAAGGUAUGGUAUGAUGAUGAUUUUGAUUUUCGGAAGGAGGGCCUCAGCUGCGGAUUGGUUACAAUAUGGGAUAAGAGUAAAUUCCAGGUAGAGAGGUGCUUUAUUGGAAAGAACGAAGUGGAUGCAGGAGUCGUCAAUCAGGAAUCGAGGAUUUCAAUUUUUUUUAUAGAGAAUUGCAAGUUAUUCGAUGUCCCAUUGAUAGGGAGGAAAUUUACUUGGUACGGGUCAAAUGGAAGAAGAAGUAGGCUCGAUAGGGUGUUUGUGGAGGAAGAUUGGAUGGUUUCUAAUCCAGAUACUACACUUUGGGGUCUCUCUCGAUCGGCUUCAGAUCAUCUUCCUAGACCUUUCAAAUUCAUCAAUGUAUGGCUAAAACAGGAAGGCUGUGUCGAAACUAUUAAGGAAGCAAUGGAAGCAGCAAACAAGACUGAUAAUGAGUUUCAUAGCAAGUUAAAAAUUAUUAAAGGGGCUUUGAGGAGAUGGAAUAAGGAAUCUUGCUCUGAUUUUGACUCAAAGGCUCAAAUUCUGGAAAGAAGAAUUAACGAAAUAGAAGAAUUAGAGGAUAAAGGCAAAUCUGGACGUGAAUUUGCAAGAAGAAUUGUUACAAAGGCUGUUAAGAUCCGAAGCAAGAGAAGGACGAUUCUUGGUCCAAAUUUAGGAGAAGGAAGUGGAGCUGAUCCGAAGAAACUAAAACAGAAAGUUUUCAAUCAUUUUCAAGAACAGUUCAGCUGUAACAAAAGGGGCUGGCAGGCUAUUUUUAACUUGGAUUUCAAACGCUUAUCAACAAUGGCAGCAAGCAAUUUGGAACUUCCGCUCUCAUUAGAGGAAAUCAGAGACGAUGUUUGGAGUUGUGAUGAUUCAAAAGCACCCGGUCCUGACGGAUUCAACAUGCUUUUCUUCAAAAAGUGCUGGGAGAUGGCAAAUGAUGAUUUAGUAAAAGUGUUCGAGAAAUUUUAUAGGAAUGGAAAUCUCGAGAAGAAUGUUAAUUCUUCUAUUCUUGCACUCAUCCCUAAAACAAGUAGCCCAAAAGAAGGCCGACAGAUUUUUGAUGGAAUUCUUAUUGCCAAUGAAGUACUUCAUUCGAUGCAACAGGAAAGCAAUGAGAUGGGAGGGCAACGUAUGGGAUUCAGAAUUAAAUGGCGAGCUUGGAUAUGGGAGUGCAUCUUAACAGUAAAAGUUUCGGUGCUUUUAAACAGCUCUCCAACAAAAGAGUUUAAGAUGAUGAAAGGCUUGAGACAGGGAGAUCCAUUAUCUCCCUUCUUGUUCAUAAUGGUAACGGAAGCUUUACAUUUAGUAUUGGAAAAGGCGAUUGAAAAAGGCUCAUAUAAAGCUUUAGGCUGUAUAAAUCACAUUGGGCUGAAGGGAAAAGCAGUGAGGAUAAUGUGGUCUGAGAGAGAUCCUUCAACAACAGAGAUUGGUAUUGCCAAUCUCUUUGUCAAGAACCUGGCUGGACACUUGGUUGGAGGGAAUCUUCAGCCCAUUUGGGAAUAUUCUUUACUGCAAGAUCGCUGA